CAAGAUGGAAUAAAGAAUUUUACAAUAAAACAAGAUUUUAAAUAUCAUGACCAGAUAUAAAAAAAGUGGAUGCACAGAAACGAAAAUACCAAGAGACGCAAGCCAAGUUAAAAAAAAACGAUCUUCAUUGUUUACAAAUGGUGAUUGAUUAUAUUAUUAGGGAUAUUGCUUAAUUAACAUUAAAAAAUCAAAACUGGCUGCUAUGGUCAAUAACGCUGCCGUUGAGGCAAUAUGUUCUGCAACUUAUUUAUCAAAUUACUUAGAUACAAUGGAGACGCUGCCGGACGAUAUUCAACGAAAUAUAUCACAGAUGAGAGAGCUUCAUAUAAAAAAUAAAGCUAUUUUAGAAGAGAUUAGAAACUUGCGCAAUACUGCCAUGAAGGAGACAGGAUCGUCAAAAAAGGCUUGUCUUGCAUUGCAAAGGGCAUUAAUUCAUUGUCAAGAGAUUGGAGAUGAAAAAAUACAGCUGGUUCAGUUAAUCACAGAUCUUAUUGAGAAUAGGUCCAGACAACUGGAUCAAGACAGAGAACAUCUAGCUAAACGAAUGCUUGCAGACCCUGGGUCAACAAAAGAGCCAGAGCCAGAAGAAGUUGUGGCUCCUGUUGUCAAGAAGGAGAUUAAAGUGGAGCCAGAAAAGACAGAGAAGAACAACUCUGCGGUGAAGCGCCAAAGACGGACAAAGAAUGACAUCAAUGAAGAAGAAACUAAAGAAGAUAAGGACAAGAUUCCAAAGAAGAAAAAGAAACGAAAAGUGGCCAAGAAAGAAACCAACGGGGAAGACUCUCCCAUGAAUGUACAGAUUGAUCCCAACGAGCCAACCUACUGUUCCUGCAACAACAUUUCUUACGGUGAAAUGAUCGGCUGUGACAAUGAAAAAUGUGUAAUAGAAUGGUAUCACUUUGGGUGUGUUGGACUCCGAACAAAGCCCAAAGGAAAGUGGUACUGUCCUGACUGUCGAGGAGAUAAGUCAAAUGUUAAAAGGCCCGACAAGUAAAUUCAAAAUGGCGGUAAUCGACUUCUGUUAAAAUUUUUUAUCAUAAAAAAAAUUUGUGGUAUUAACUUGUAAAUAAGGAUGAACUUUUAGUAUGUACAAUUUAUGGUGACGACCACUGACUCUAUUCUUUUAAAAUUGUUGUCAUAGUUUUAGAUACUUGGCAGGCAGGUUCAUUACCAUUUUUUUUUCUUUAAGUGUAUUAAGUAUAUAAAUUGACAAUAUAAGACUUAUUCAAUAUAUUUGUCAUAUUAAUUUUAAACUCUCCAUAAAUUUUAAAUGGGAAUAUCAUGUACAUUAUUAUAAUUGGUUGUACUUUUUUUUUUUUCCGCCUCAAAGUCUCUUUUGUACGCUAAACCCGUUGUCUUGGUAAUAGGAACUUCUUAUUUUGUGAUAUAAUACAUAUUUGUUUAUAUCGAACAGACCUUUAAUAAAGAUUGUAAAAAAGAAAAAUACUAAUGGGAGUAUGGGUUGAGCAAUUUUUAAAUGCUUGUGUUUUAGUUCUGAUGUGGAUGAUAUUAAGGAUUGGAGGCUUGAACUGAAAUCCCUGUGUUUAUUGAACUCUAAUUGCUUGGCAUCAGGUUGAGAAAUAAAUUCAGUUGGUUCUAGUGCUGACCACUAUAAAACUUAAUGACUCCACAGACAUAUGCCAUCUUAAAGAAGAUGAGCUUGAACUAAAGCUAACUACCCCCACCCCUGCUCUAUCUCUAAGUCCCAUAAAAGGUUUGAAAAGAUCUUCUAUUAAAGUUUUAUUGUUUUUUUUUUUUUGCUUACUUGUACUAAAUAUUUGUGAAAGUAAUUAUCCUGCUAAUACAAACCUGAUUUUAUGAUUACCACAUUCUGCCUUCACUCCAGCUCAUACAUCCUGUUGUCUAGAUUCUAUCUUGACUCUAGCACCUACAUUCUAUCUUGACUUAAGCUCCUACAUUCUAUCUUGACUUUAGCUCCUACAUUCUAUCUUGACUUAAGCUCCUACAUUCUAUCUUGACUUUAGCUCCUACAUUCUAUCUUGACUCUAGCUCCUACAUUCCAUCUUGACUCUAGCUUCUACAUUCUAUCUUGACUCCAGCUCCUACAUUCUAUUUUGCCUCUAGCUCCUACAUUCUAUUUUGACUCUAGCUCCUACACUCUAUCUUGACUUUAGCUCCUACAUUCUAUUUUCACUCUAGCUCCUACAUUCUAUCUUGACUUUAGCUCCUACAUUCUAUCUUGGCUCCAGCUCCUAUAUUCUACCUGUUGUCUAGCUCCUACCACGACUCAAACACACACAAUAUACAUAAGAAUGUCAAAUUUACAAAAUAUUUACAUUUAAAUGAAUGGGCAGGAUUGUGAACAGUAAAUGAGAAUUUCAGUGUUUUAUAUUUAUAUCUUAAUUUAUUUUUUUUGGGGGGGGGGGGGAGGUGGGGAAUUUUUUUCUUUUACAAUUAAGUCAGUCAAUUCAGUGAGGCACUUAACACAUGUUGUGAUAUUGAAAAAAAUAUAAAUCUAGUAUGUAAUUUACAAAUAAAGGAAGGUAUAUUACAUAAAAGAAUACUUUUAUACAAAAAAAUAAAAAAUUUUGAGGGGUAUGCUUAAUUAUUUAAAAUCAAGUUUGUUUUUUAGUUUAGUAAUGUUUUUUUUUUUGUUUUUGUGUAUUGUAUUGAUUAAAAUGUAAUUAAAAUGAAAAAGUCAAAUUAACUUUGCACAUAAUGUAAAUAUACAUGUAAAUAUAAUAUAUUGUUUAAGUAGACAUUUUUUAAACUUGAAAUGUCUAUGACAGGAACUGAUAACAUGUUCAUUUUAUAUUGUCUAUUUGUGUAUUUUUUUUUUUUUAAAUUGUAUAUUUCAAUAAUCUAAUUCUAAACUAAAUUUGACAUUUUUUGUGUGUUUGCUAUGACUACCAUCGUAGGACUGGGUCGCCUCUUGCUGCUCUAAGAGACUGAAUUGCUUAUUUCUCUUGCAUAAACUAGAUCACCCCUCUGCUCGCUCCAUUCAAAGCACUUGUCUGCCAGUCAGUUUUGUUGAUCCUUGUUUUUUUUUUAGCUCUUCAUUAUAAAUCUAAGCUGUGGUCAGCCAUUUGAUCUUGUUUAUUCUAUCAGCUCACCAUUUGACACAUUUUUAAGGAAUCUGCCGCAGUCCAUUAGUCUUAUGUGUACAAAGCAUCAGAUCAAAUAAUUUUUUUUUGUAGAGGGUCACUUCCAGAAGUUAAUGACCCCACAACAGUGUUAUUUAUGAAAUUGUUCUUAGUUAAAGGUACACUCAAAACUUUUUAAAUGCAGAGACAGCCUUAUGGUAUGGUGAGUUGGGCUACCGCCACGGGCCUCACACCUUAGGAGGGCAUUGCAAUAAAUAGAAUCUUUUGUCAGUGUCAGCCCAUCAUACAAAGUUUCGUGACCCUGAUAUGGCUUAGUCACUCGCCCAGGACCCAGCGCACUGCUAAGGCUGCUUUAAUGAUUUUCAUAAGACUCCUUGUUGUGCUUUAAGAUUACUGGAGUUCAGAAGAACUCUCCAAACAGACUAUUUUCUUGUGGUCUCUUGGCAUGGUAUAGGGACUUUAAAGAUAGGCAGGUGAUUUACCUUGCAUUAAUGCGCUCGCUCAUUCACAGCAGUGCCGGUUUUGAGUUUUUCAUUCACUAAUACAUCCCUCUGGCCAGUUUCUGGUUUGGGCUUUUUAUAAUCUACUUCUUUAAUGAGUUGAGCCAGGAGUUACUUUGUGGCACUUGGGGCUUGAUAUAUAAACAUUUAUUUACACAAGUUGCCUGUGAUAUCAUCUGGUAAAGUGUAAUAGAAUAAAUUCUUUUGUUUAGGAAUGUAUAAGUGAAUAAUACUUUCAAUUACUCUUUGUUAUUUCUAUUUUUAUCUGUUUGUUUUUUUUUCUUUUGUGUGCUUUUUUCUUGUGAAUGAGAUUGAGCUAGCCUAAAUACUCAAUCUGGCUUAGGAUGACAUAAAGCGUGAAGUAAAUACUCUUGAAUCAUCUUUAAUGCAGUGGCGUAGCUAGGAAUUUGCCAUCAUUUGGGGGCCCAGGCGGCUUGCCCUCUUUUGAGUAAUAUUUAAUGUAAAAAAAAAACCCCACUCAUUUGAAGGCCCCCUUCAAGUGGGGGCCCAGGGGGAUUUUCAAGUUCUCCCCCUCCCUGCCUCCCCCCACCCUAACUGCGCCUCUGCUUUAAUGACAACAGUUUUAGAGCACAAUCUGGUUCUAGAUCCAACAGAUAUUCUAUCUUCAAAAUCUUGACAUAUAUCUAAAUACACAUACUAAACUAUAGUUGUUGUUUUUUUUUUUGAUUAUUGUUUACAAAUUAAUAUUGUUGAAUUGGCAAGCAAGAAUGAAAUGUUGACAUGGAAUGUUUUGGAUGUCUGUUAUUUCUUAAAAGUUCCAAUUCUUCAUUGAAAUUACAAAUAUGUGUGGUUGAGUGAAAAUGAUAUGUAUGUCAGUGACUACUGAGUUAAAGUUAGAAGUAAACGUCCCCUUCAUAUUUUUGUUUGUUACUGUUAUUAUUAUUUAUUACUCCAUUGGGAUGAAGUUCAAGGCAUUGUCCUUUAUUUUCACCACCUCUCACAUUGACUGCCCCCCUUAGAGACGCUGGUUACUGUUAUUUCAAACAUUCAAUUUUUUUCAAAUUAUUUCCCCUUUUGUCUUGUAUUUAUUACUUUGAAUAUAGAAUUAAUUUAUACAUUUCUUGUAUGUGUGUAUAGUUGUUUAUAAUGAUCUAUUGGCAACAUUUUUAUUUGAAAGGGAAAUAAAAAAUUCCAAGCAUUUACUGUCAUUUCUAGCCACAAUUUCCAAGUCCACUAUGUGAGAGACUUUGUUAGCCCACACUAUGCAUCCAAUACUUAAUAACAGAAUUAUAUUUUUAUGAACAAAUGCAUCUUUCAUUCUGCUACCCACACUCCUGAAAACAACAAAAGGAUUUACACUUUAGAAAUUUGUUUUAAAUUUGGUUGGUAGAACUUUGUAUUUGAGCAACCUUUUUUUCUAUAUUGUAAUAAUUAUGAACAUAAAUUUCUUAUUAUAUGAGAAAUAUUUAUUUUUAUAAAACAUUUGACAAUGAUGUAUUAAUGUUAGAAAUGUGUGCCCCCCCCCCCCCUCUCCUCCUUUAAAAAAAAUAUUAAAAAUGUAGGGGAAAAAAAAGAUUCAAAAUAAGCUCCUCCAUUUUGUCCUCUAAACCAAUUUCUGAAAAGUAAAUCUUGUUUCUUAAAUGAAAUUUUGAGUUGAGAUUUUUUUUGUUAUUACCAAAUUUGAGUGGAGGUGAGGUGGUCAUGAGAUAGGACUAAAGAAUCAAAUUAGUUUUAAACCUUGUGAGGUCUUGUGAUUUUCUUCUAAUUGAAUCUUUAGGUGUUGCAAUAUGUCUUCUCCAGUGAAAUUAGAUGAUCAGUUAUGUAGAACUCUAGUCAUUGAUGGAGUCUCUGGGAGGAUGGAUGCUUUGUUUGGUUAUGGCCAGGGUGCCUGAUUCUUGCACUCUGGGUGAAAACUUUUUGAUUCACAAAUACCCAUGGCACAAUACAAGCUACUGUUUAUAAAACCCUAUACUGGAUGCAGCUGUUGAUAUCAUUAAUGUUGUCAUUUCAUUCACUUACUGUAUUAAUAGAAAGCAUUGAAACCAAUCGAAUGUUAAAAAAAAAAAAAAUUUUUCAUGCGUAGCACAUUUCAUGUCAAACUGCCAUACAAAGUCACGUCAUUUGUCAUUCACUGCAGAGAAUGUCGUCCAGUUGUAUUUUUUUUUUCUUACACGUUUUUUUUCUCUCUCUUUAAAAUGUAUAACUGUGUACAAAUACAAUGUAUGCAUAAGUGACCUCCCUUUUGAACUAGCUCAUAACAAACUUUCAGUGACUAUGGCUAUGACUUGCUUUCAACAAAUCUUCAUGCUAUCAGUUGAAUAACUUGACACAUUGUUAGUUUAAAAAAAACAUUAUGAAUUCCAAUGGGCCUCAUUCACCAAUCCUAAACAAACAACAUGGCGCCCCAUGCUUCCCUAUCUCUUCUAUACAACUUACGACCUAAUUCGAAUCAACAAUGGCUAUCACGUGACAGUUUUUUUUUGUUGUUGUAUCAAUGGUUAUCAUGUGACAAUUCAUUUUGGUGAAUGAGGUCCAUUAGAUGACAAUUUUGUUGCUCUACUUUUGUCAACUUUCUUAUUCCUCAUUGUCUUCAAGCUUAACAAAUAGUGUCAAGCAAAUUGUAGGAACAACUCAAUUUAAACAGAUGCCAGAAGAAACGCAAAAAUAAUUUUAGUUAAAUUUUUUUUUUUAUUUGCAAUUAUCAAAGCAAGUUAAGUUACAAAAAAAAAUAUUUGAAGGAUCAUUUCUUAACUGUCUUACCAAGCAGGUGUCAAUAACUUCAAUAAAAUAUGACUAAUAAUAUAGAGAUUAGUCUAAACAAAUUAUGUUCACCAUGUUUCAAUUCAUAACAUGAUUAGUCAAGAUAACAUGAAUGCAAUAAGUUAGGACAUGUAUAACAUAAAUGUAUGGUCUGCUUCACUUCAUAUGUCUUCAUUUGUACAUCACUUAGUAAUAAAAUAUAUAUUUUAAUGGUACAA